AUGCAUUACUAUGAAAAAGCCUCGAAUAUCUUGACAAAGUUGUAUAAGAAACAGGGCACUAUAAAGGGAUUGGUGAUGAAAGAGGAUCCAAAAGACAAGAAACUCGUGUAUGGUAUAGUGUGCGAGACCUUGAAAUAUCGAGAAGUCAUUGAAGAAAUCAUUUGCUCGUCAGACAUUCGCAAGUCUGAGCCAAAAAAACUUGCCAAGCCUCUCCUAACAGUUCUCGUCUAUGAUUUACUUUUUGGAAAAGGCAUAAAAAAUGCUGGAAAAUACAAGGAUAUGCUUAUGCGACACAAAAGUAGACUCAAUGCAGAGCUGGUUAAAAUUAAAGUAAAGCGCAAGUGCAAGAAUAAUCAAGAUCUCAUUCCAGAGCACAUUCGAAAUGCAAUUGUGUUGCCUCGCUAUGUUCGCAUCAAUACCAUCAAGACAAAUAUGGAGCAGGUUAUCUCUCAUUUCGAAAAAAAGGGUUAUCGACUUGACACCAUUGAAAAGCUGAAUGAACCUGAAUAUCCUGCAAUGUGCAUGAUCAAGGAUCAGCAUCUUCCUGAGCUACUCUUGCUGCCACCAAGCACAGAUUUACACGAGGAUAAACUCUUGCUUCAGGGUCAUAUUGUUCUUCAAGACAAGGCUUCGUGCUUCCCAGCAUAUAUACUGUCACCUCCAAAAGGCUCUGUAUGUAUCGAUGCAUGUGCAGCACCCGGUAACAAAACAUCCCAUCUUUCAGCGAUAUUAGGCAACACUGGCACUAUAUAUGCUUUUGACAAAGACCGAGCACGACUAGAUACACUGCAAAGGCUGACCCACCAAGCUGGCUGUAAAAAUAUUUUACCUCAGUUUGGUAGCUUUUUGGAUGCUGAUCCAUUCGAUCCCAUGUUCAGCAAGGCACGUAAUGCGAUGUUUGUCGAAUAUGUGCUACUUGAUCCAUCGUGUUCUGGAUCUGGGAUUGUUGGUCGCUUGGAUCAUUUGCUCAAAAAUUCUAAAGAUGCAAAAGCCGAUACACAGCAAGAAGAAAUUGACGAUCGAGCCAAUGCAUUGGCAGAUUUUCAAAAAAAAGUAAUCCUUCAUGCGUUCAAAUUCCCCAAAGUCAAGCGUAUUGUAUACUCUACUUGUUCCAGAAAUCGGAUUGAAAAUGAGGACGUGGUACAGUAUUGUCUACAAGAAAAUACCAAUUUUAGUUUAGUAGAGAAUGUAUUUCCUCAAUGGCAUCGUCGCGGUUUAGAGGGAUCGAUUGAAAAUGGUAUGUGACCAUUAUUUGAUUUGAACUGCAUAGAAUACUAUUGGAAAUUUGUUUUCUUGACCCUAUUUGUUUUAUAGCCGAUCGUGUUAUUCGUGCGCUCCCCGAAGAAGACGGAACCAUUGGAUUUUUUGUAGCGCUUUUUGAGAAAAAUAAAGAGCCUGCACCAAUUGAAUCCACUGAUUCAAACAAACGUAGGACGCAUUCUAACGAAAGCAAUUCU